AGUGUAGUAUAGGAACGAUGUGAGAGAACGGUCACAAUGUGGGCGGCGGAGCUGAGCUGUAUUUUUAUUUUAUUCGGUGUAACAGCUGGCGGCGGAGGCUGGGAACCUCUUGGGCAGCCGUACUUCGACAACAGCACGAAGCGAGAGGCUACCGCCGCUGUAGGACAGCCUGCGUACCUUCACUGUAGGGUCAGAAAUCUCGCAGAUAGAGCGGUAUCCUGGAUUCGGAAAAGAGACUUACACAUACUAACGGUCGGCGUGCAUACGUACAGCAGUGACGCGAGAUUUGCAGCGCUACAUGCGGAUGGCUCCGAUGAGUGGACGUUACGAGUGGCUCCAGCACAGCCUCGGGACUCUGGCGUCUACGAGUGCCAAGUCUCCACGGAACCCAAGAUCAGCCUGUCGUUUCGACUCACAGUCGUUGUGUCGAAAGCAGAAAUACUUUCCGGUCCAGAGUUGUUCGUGAGAGCGGGGUCGGAUAUCAAUCUCACUUGCGUCGCGAAACACGCCCCUGAUCCACCGAGUUUUAUAUACUGGUAUCGAGGAGAGCAGGUAGUAAAUUAUGCUCAGCGUGGCGGGAUUAGCGUUGAGACCGAGCAGCGGACUCGGACCAGCCGACUCCUCAUUGCGCGAGCAGCACCUCAUGACUCUGGAAACUACACGUGCGCUCCGAGCAGUUCAGAGUCCGCUUCGGUGAUCGUUCAUGUGCUAAGCGGGGAGAGGCCAGCCGCUAUGCAGAGCUCAGGCCCGCCGCUACCGCGUAUCUCGCCCACAGUAUUGGCAACUGCCGCUACCGCCUCCACGGUCCAUCGAAGAAGACCCUGGCUUCCUGUCACCAUCUCCAUUCUUAUUUACCAACUUACCUCAGUCUUCAUAGUCAUGUUUAUUUUCUUCACAAACGUAGUUAUUCAAUUUUUCAUUAAUAAGACACUCGGAUAUCCCAAUUUUCGUUCUUCGAGAUGA